AGACCCUCCCUCCUCGGAUUCCCUUCUCUUUGCCUCCCUCUCUCUGCCUUUAGAGUCAGUGUCCAGCCUUCCAAGCAGUCAACUUCAACUUGACAGCAGCAGUCAGAGCGUGUCAGAGCGUGUCAGGUUUCCAAGGGAUUGUGAAGAGUCCGUGGGAGUCACACGCCCCUGACAGAAUUACUGGAGAUCAGAGCUGUGUAACUGUCCUUUGCUGUCCGCUACCGAGGAAGAUUAUUUAAAACCCUGUGCCAUGAAGUGAUCACUCUACAAACCAGUUUUCCCCACCUGCCUCACCUGUAAUCAUGGGGUUGUGUGAGAGUAUGAGGGAUGUGUGGAGGCUGCGGGGCAGUGCUGGAGCGCUGAGAGCCAGCGUUGGAGCGAUGCUGCUGGGGAUCAGCCUGUCCCAGUCGGGCUCCCUGACCACCUGUGCACCGGCUGCGGCCCCGCUGAACCUCACUGAGCUGGACUACCAGGACACAAUAGCUAGGGACACCGGUGUGAGGUUUAUGGCCCCUCUGGUUCAAUCCUUUCUCCACACAGUCCAGCCGAACCCAUUCCCUAGAAAUCUGAUCUUGAAAACCAUCGACAGUUAUCCACAAGUGUUGUCAGAUCCAGAGCUCAUCAAAGAAGUCCUGGUGUAUGAAGUGGGUUUCCUGGUAUGUGCAGCGAUUGGCAUCCUGUACAUCGUUCUGAUGCCCAUUGUCGGCUUCUUCCUGGCGUGCUGUCGCUGCUGUGGCAACUGCGGUGGGACGAUGUACCAGAAGCAGACAUCCUCCAUCAACUGUCGCAGGAGAACUCUCUACUGGAGCACACUCUUCACCACACUUAUUAUCCUUGCUGGGAACAUUUGCAUGUUCAAAAGCAAUGAAGCCAUCAAAGUGAGUGUGGAUGAAACUCCAGUGCAGCUCAACAAAACCUUAGACAACAUCCAGAACUUCCUCACAGUUGUGCCUCAGCAAAUUCACGACGUGGUGAAUGGGAGCUACAAAACCAUACAAAAGGUCACCAGAAACCUAGACGACAUCGGGCCUCAGCUGGGAACAGAGAUCCAGGAGCGAUUCAAGGUAACUCUGGACCAGGCGCUGCUCCCUGUGAGACGGCUGAAUCAAGAGACCAGAAACAUCAGUGUUGAACUCACAGAGCUGAACUCAUCAUUGGCUCGGCUGCAGUCCAGCACGGACCGUCUCCAGGACAACAUCACCGACGUUAAAAACCGCAUCAAUCGGACUUUAUCCAGACCAAACUGUCUCAUCUGUCAAACCCUGAGGCCAGCGCUACAGAACCUAACACUGGACAUCUCUCUCACUAUCCCCGGCCUGAGCACAAUCCAGUCUGCAAUGGAUGAAGUUGUCCGAAUCAACCUCACAGCUAGAAUCCAGGAGGUGGAGAGUUAUUUCAACAGCAUCCCCCAGAGGGUGGCCAGUGAAACCGAGGAUUUGGUUCAAAAAAGCAAGCAGCUGCUGGGUGACAUAGAAACACAGAUCUCCCAGAUUGCAACUGAACUCCCUGUGUCCGGUCUGAUGAACAUGAGGGAGACUCUGAGCAACUUACACAGAGAAAUCAACAGUGUCACCGCAGAGGUCGAGAAAGCCGAGCACAUCAGAUGGGGUGUGUUUGUUGCCCUGUGCUGUGUGGUGCUCCUGGUAGUGGUGUGUAACCUCCUGGGUCUGGUUCUGGGCCCUCUGGGUCUGACACCCUCAGCAGAUCCCACGAAGCGAUCCUGCACGGCCGACUGUGGCGGCACCUUCCUCAUGAUGGGUGCAGGGUUCAGCUUCCUCUUCUCCUGGCUGUUCAUGAUCGUGGUGGUGCUGUUGUUCCUUGUGGGUGGGAACCUUUACACGAUGGUCUGUCGGCCCUGGAACGACGGACAACUGCUGAAGAUCAUUGAUUCUUCAGAUUUAACUACACAGAUAACUGAGGAUUUAGGAUUGAAAACUAAAGUCAAUUUCUCUGAAAUCUACAGAGACUGUGAGGAAAACAAGACUGUGUGGACAACAUUCCAUUUGAAUGAAAUCAUAAACCUUGAAGAAAUCCUCAAUGUAUCAAAAUACACAGAGCAGAUCAAGAAGCAGUUUGAGAACACAGACAUCACUCUGUCCACCAUCACUCUCCUAAGCCCUGAAGUUAAAGACCAGCUCGGUAACCUCUCCUCCAAGGUCAAUGGUCUGGACUUCUCAGCCAUCAAACAGCAGAUUAACAACGCUUCCAGGAUCAAUCUGAACACAACAGCAGAUGAACUUGAGUUGGCUGCCUCUAAGACGGACAAUGUAACUGGAGAAGAGCUGCGUAACGAGGCCAAUGAUCUGAGGCAGAUUCAAGCCAGCAUAGAAACAACCAUCAUCCCACAACUGGAAAACCUGAACUCGAGUGUGAAGAACCUUCAAUCCAUGACGGAGAAAAUCGAAGGGACAGUGGGGGAGUUGCUGAGGAACGUGGGAGCAGCACAAGACUUCCUCAACACAAAUACGACACAGAUUGUAAAGACCGAGAGCAGAAUGUUUUUGGACUGUCAGCUGGGUUACUUCAUUGCUUACGCUGACUGGGCCAACCUCACGAUCACACAGCAGGUGGGCCGGUGUCAGCCGGUAGCCGGAGCUCUGGACUCGGUGGAGAUCAUCACCUGCGCGUACGCGGUGGAGUCUCUGAAUGCGUUCUGGUGCAGUCUGGGCUGGUGCAUGAUCUUCUUCAUCCCCAGCAUCAUAUUUUCCAUCAAACUAGCCAAGUACUACAGGAGAAUGAUGCGCUCUGACGUCUAUGACGAACACAUAGUUAUGAACCACAUCCCACGGGCCCAUAUGAAAAUCACCUGAGAGGACGACCUCCUGUAUAAGCAGUACAGCUUUAUAAGACUUAUAAGAAUGUGUGGCAUCUCUCGACAGACUGAAAACACUCCUGCACUGAUGUGACGCAUAGACGAGCCAUGUCUGAGGUCUUCGGUUACCUUCCUCUUCAUUUGUUUAUUGUCCUCUUUGGAAAAGAAAAUCCACUUGUUAAGUCAUUGCAGUGCUCGUACAACACACCACACACACACACAGCAUCUUUUCAUUGACCUCAGGAAUGCACAAGGCAAAAGGGAAUUUUCAGGUACUUCAACAUUUGAAGAGAUUUAUUUCAUUUCAUUGUUUUAGAAAAAUAGUUUGUACGUUUUGAAUGAAUGUACUGAGCCUGCUGCUGUAUCAUGAGAUUAUUGAUUUCAAACUGUAAUGCUGCUUUUGAGUGUUGAUCACAUAUAUACACUUAUACAGAGUCAUUAUGUUAUGCUUUCAGAGAAGGCUUCACUGUGUCACUGUGCCAACAGGUUGCUGUAACAUGCCGGGUUCCUUACUGCUGUUUGGUGGCUUGAUUCCAAUGGAAAACAAUAUUUAACUAAAUAAUAAUUAAACUUGCACUGUUGGGAAUCAAAGCACAAUUUCUUGUGUGAAUCAUCAAAUGAAUCCAGUUAUUUGUGUGACGAAUAGCGAAAGCAGUCACCAUUUUGUUGCUGUUUGAAACCACACAAUGCAACUUAAAGUUUUUUUGUUGACUUUUCUUUGCAAAUAUGUUUUU